UCCAAAAGUAGGGCAAGUCAUUCGCCAUCUUGGAAUAUUUCUGUUUCAUUCCAGCAGAGUUUGAGUCUGCUUUUGUACAAUUUAGGCUGUAAAAAUGAGUAGUCAAGGUCUCACACCCAAGGAACAGUAUGUGCACAAAGCCAAGCUCGCAGAGCAGGCUGAAAGGUAUGAUGAUAUGGCUGAUGCCAUGAAGAAAUGUGUAAAUCAUGUCUACACCGACUCGUCUGGAUCGCCGCUCGACAACGAGGAGCGGAACCUCCUGUCUGUCGCCUACAAAAAUGUUGUAGGUGCCCGAAGAUCAGCAUGGAGAGUAGUUUCCAGCAUAGAGUCAAAGACGGAAGGUAGUGAGAAAAAAUUGCUCAUGGCUAAAGCCUACCGAGAGACUAUCGAAGAGGAACUGAAACAGAUAUGCAAUGACGUCCUGGAGUUGUUGUCAAAACACUUGAUCCAGAAGGCCCAGGAUGACAGUUCCCACUCUGAUAGCCAUGUGUUCUACCUCAAAAUGCAGGGAGACUACUACCGCUACCUGUCUGAGGUGUCAAUUGGAGAAGAUAGGAAAGCCAAUGUAACCAAAUCAAAUGAGGCCUACAGAAAAGCCACAGAGAUUGCGAAAGAGAAGAUGCAACCAACACAUCCUAUUCGACUAGGGUUGGCCCUCAACUUCUCUGUGUUUUACUAUGAAAUCAUGAAUGAGCCAGAUGAGGCUUGCAAGUUGGCAAAAUUAGCUUUCGAUGAUGCCAUUGCCCAGUUAGAUCAGUUGAACGAAGAAUCCUACAAAGACAGCACAUUGAUAAUGCAGCUGUUGCGAGAUAAUCUCACGCUCUGGACAUCUGAUGCGCAGGCAGAAGUGGACCAAGAGGCCGAAAACCAGUGAUUUGUAGGGCCUCAACUAAUUCUACACUUUUCUUCUAAUUAUGAUAACAAUUUAUAAAGAGUAAAAAAAAAUGUGGAAAAAAAAAAAUGACAAGAGAAGCAAAAACACAAUGGUUCAAUCAUUUCUGAAUGUGAAACAAACCUUCCUUCCAUCAUCCUCUGGUCCUAAGUUCCCAGUCCCCAGUCACCCCAGCCUAUUUCUUGGGUUCAAUAGUCUAGCCAUUUUCUCAUUGCCAGCAUGCAACACUACAUACAUACAUACAUACAAACUCCAUGUAAGCACAUGAUGCGUGUGUUGUUCAGUUUAGUUUGCUACAUUGUUGAAUGAAGCGUUGGGUAGUUUCAAGUUCCUCUCUCCCCACCCCCUCCCCGUCCUCCCCACACACACACCUCCAGCCAGUUGCUUUUGUUUGAUCUAUGCCCCCCCCCCCCAUCCCCUCCCAAGUGACAAGUAUUACAUACAGGCCCAGAGUAUGUUUAAAGGCUUUGAUAGACUGAGAGAGCGAAAGAGUGAGAGAGACAGGAGUAGACUUCCUUGAAGGGCUCAGAUUCUUUCUGGUGAAUGCUAGUCUGUUUUUUUUUUUUUGGUUUGUUUUUUGUUUGUUGUGUUCUUGACAGAUGAUAACAUGCUCAGCUGGUUCCCUGUAUGUUGUCAGUGCACUUAGAACAGCAAAUCAGUUGCAUUUAUUUAUUAUGUUUGAUAUAAUUUGUAUUAAACUAAGGGUC